AUGUCACAGAAAGGAAGAAACAUAACUAAGCCUAAUUUUCUUGAAGUCUAUAAAGAGUCUUCUUCCCGUAAUAACGACAAAGAAAUCCGAGACUGGAGUGUGCACGAAGUAAAUGAGUACUUACAAACGCAUCUUAAAGAAAGUUGGACGUCACGAGAAGUGAAAAUUUUCGAAGAAAAUAAGAUGUCAGGCUUAUACUUGUUGCAUACAAAUUUCUGGGAUUUGAAACAAAUGAAAUUACCAGAAGAAAUUGUAGACCAAAUAUAA